CUCACUUCGGAUUCACAGCGUUUGAUAGCACUGUCCCAUCCACAUCUUCUCGAUAUGGCGAUACCGGAAAUGUCGGUCUUAUUUAGUGCGGCAGCAGGAAUAAUGGCCACUUAUGAGACCGAGGGUCGCAUGAAGGACCUCACCAUUCGGAUCAUCCGCAAGCAGCUCGAAGAAAAGUUCUCGCUGGAAGACGGUGCGCUGGAUGCCCCAGAAUACAAAAAGCCUAUUGGAGAAUACGUCCGAGAUGCGACGGCCAAGGGUCAGAAGGCAAAGAGUGCUGGCGGGGAAAAACAGGACGAGGGUGGAGAGGACGCAAAGCCGCGCAAGAAGGCUAAAGUGGAUGAACCCAAAGACAAGAAGCCUGCCUCGCGCGCAAAGCCAGCGUCUGGGAAGGGCAAAGAGGGAAGCAAGCCAAAGUCCGGAGCAAAACCUUUAUCUUCCGUUGACGACAGUCCGAAGAAGCCCUCGGCUAAGAGGUCGACUUCUGCUAAGGAGACGCCAACAAAGCCAACGAGCGCUAGCGCCGAUGAGAAAGGCAAAAGGAUCUACAAGUCAAAGGACACGGUCGACACCUCCGACGAAGAGGAUGUCAAGCCCUCCAGCAAACCUCCAGUUUCGAAGAAGUCCACUACAGCACGGCCCGCUAACCUAACCAAGAAAGCGCCGACAUCCACAGCCUCGACGUCCAAGUCACCGCCAAAGUCCGCCAAGGCAGCUGAAGCUGAAGACUCCGACGAACCUGACAAGCCCAAAUCAGAAUCAUCGAAAGGCAAGGCCUCGGCUGCAAAGCGAAUGCGAGUUGAGGUGUCAGACGACGAAGAUGGUGGCGAGAACGAGGAAUCUCCACCAAAACCUAGCUCGAGCGGGCCGGUAAAAAAGGAGUUGAAGCCAGGUUUCCGGACAGAGUCGAAACAGGCACCCCCUUCGUCAGACAAGCCUGGCAACAAAUCUGCCCCGGUGAAAGCAAAGGCUAAAGAUGCCAACGAUGAACUCAGCGAGUCAGAGCUAUCCUCCGUUAUCGACGAACCACCGAAGAAGAAACGGGCCAAGAGUGCAGGAAAAGAGAAACCGACAAAGGCCACGAAGACAAAGGGCAAACGCGGCUCCCCCGACCCCUCGAAGGAAGACCCAGCCGUGACUCGUCUGAAAAAAAUGGUCCUAGCAUGUGGCGUGCGCAAGACGUGGAAGACCGAACUCGCGGAUAAGUCGACCAACGCGCAGAUCAAGAGGCUGAAGGAGAUCCUGUCGGAGCUUGGCAUGGACGGACGACCGAGCCUCGAGAAGGCCAGGGAGAUUAAGGAGCAGAGGGAGCUCGCGCAGGAGCUAGAGGAGGUGCAAGCGUUCGACAAGGCGAUGCGCUCGCGAGGGAGGCGCAGUGGGUCGUCCGCCGCUGAAGAAGAUGAAGAGAGCGAGGAGGAGGAGGAAGUACCGACGAAACGCAAGCGAAACGCGCGUGCGAGUAUCGCAGCAUUUCUCGGGGACGAGAGUGACGAGGAGUAAGGCAUGUGGCCGUGAUGAUGAUCGUCUCAUGCUUCUGGUUACGAAUGGCUCUUUGAAGACGUCUAAAGCUGUUCUCCGCCAAGCCCAACUUUCUACUCAAAGAACUUAUCGUUUACUUUAAUCUCGCGUAAAUGUAAGAUACCAUCAUGUAGCUCGGAUAUUUCAAUCUUG